UAUUGGAUAAACGGACAUGUGGCGGUCUGGACCAAUCAUCGUUAAGAAGAGGAGGACUGUUGACUCACCUUCAACAAGAUAAUUUACAGUCUAUGAAGACAACCAACAGAAUCGUUUUUACUAAAACGUGUUUGUGUAACCUGUUGCUCCAUCUCCUUGGAUCAUGGCUGACUUUGACAUGGUGCUGAAGUAUUGGGGUCCAGUCGAGGCAGACUACACUGGCAAUGGGGGCCUGGUUUUGACCCGUUUAUUCACAGAGCACCCAGACACUCAGAAGCUGUUCCCCAAGUUUGCCGGCAUCGCCAAGAGUGACCUGGCUGGUAACGCAGCUGUUUCUGCCCACGGAGCCACAGUGCUGAAGAAACUGGGUGAGCUGCUGAGGGCCAAAGGCAACCACACUGCCAUCCUGAAACCUCUAGCCAACAACCACGCCACCAAGCACAAGAUCCCCAUUAAUAACUUCAAGCUGAUUACAGAGGUUAUUAUUAAGAUCAUGGUGGAGAAGGCAGGACUCGAUGCCGGCGGGCAGCAAGCUCUGAGGAAUGUAAUGGCUGUUGUCAUUGCUGACAUUGACGCCGAUUACAAAGAGCUGGGCUUCACCGGCUGAAGGUUAAAGUCUUGCCAGGGUCAGAUGACA